AUGGCCACAAAGCAUCUGUUUACGCUCUUUUCGAUGGGCGCCUUCAUCGCGGGAUGUCAAGCCGCGCCCACAUUAAGUCAACGGCAAGGACGGUGGGACUCUGAGACGGUCCCUCGCGGCGUCGUCAUCCAGCAUUGCACCGUCCCGGGGGUUGUGGCGCUCACCUUUGAUGAUGGCCCGUACAUAUACACCAGUCAAAUCUUGGACCUGCUGGACCAGUACAACGCCAGUGCCACGUUCUUUGUCAACGGCGACAAUUGGGCGCACAACGUUGAUGACGACUCCACCCCUUGGCCCGGCAUAUUACGGCGGAUGGUCGAUUCGGGCCACCAAGUGGGUUCGCACACAUGGUCGCAUAAGGACCUGACAGCCGCUAGUUCCGCUGUCCGGCACACCGAGAUCAGCAACCUCGAAACGGCCCUCGGCCACGUCCUCGGCUUUGCGCCCACGUAUCUCCGGCCUCCCUACGCGAGCUGCUCGGCCGACUGCCUGGCGGACAUGGAGCAGAUGGGUUACCACGUGGUGAAUUUCGACCUCGACACCAAGGACUAUCUGUACAAUUCGCCCGGUGCCAUCCAAGUCGCCAAGGAUGCCUUUGCCGCCACGCUCGACGCCGGCUCUCCCGACAGCUCCUUCCUCGUGCUCGCCCACGACACGCUGCAGCAGACGGCCGAGGCCCUGACCGCCUUCAUGCUGCGCAAGAUCAGGCAGCGCGGAUACACGGCCGUGACGGUCGGCGAGUGCCUCGGCGACCCGCCUGAGAACUGGUACCGUCCUGUCUCUGUAUAG